CGCCUGCGCAGUAAGAGCUCGUUGGGUCUGAGCCGGCGACGGGGAUAGGGCCGGGCUCCUCGCCCUUUCCCCAGGCGCCUGCGCACUGGGCGGCCGCUCUUUGCCGUUACCGCUAUGUGUGGGGCGUGUGUGGAAUAACGUUAUUGCCCAGCGGAGCUGAGAGGCCGGGAGCUCGAUCACCGCGACGACGACAACGACAGGGUGGGGGGAGCGCGGCGUGCGAGAGACUCACGGGACGCGACGCGCCCCGCCUUCCCCGUCCGGUCCCUCUCAGCGGUGAGGGGAUGACGUAGCUUUGCCAAAGACUUAGAAGCUAAGCAGAAAAUGAGCGUGACAUCCUGGUUCUUGGUGAGCAGUGGAGGCACUCGCCACAGGCUGCCACGAGAAAUGAUUUUUGUGGGAAGAGAUGACUGUGAGCUCAUGUUGCAGUCUCGCAGUGUGGACAAGCAGCAUGCUGUGAUCAAUUAUGAUGCCUCUGCGGAUGAACAUCUGGUUAAGGAUUUGGGCAGCCUAAAUGGGACUUUUGUGAAUGAUGUAAGGAUUCCAGAACAGACUUAUAUCACCUUGAAACUUGAAGAUAAGCUGAGAUUUGGAUAUGAUACAAAUCUUUUCACUGUAGUACGAGGAGAAAUGAGGGUCCCUGAAGAAGCUCUAAAGCAUGAGAAGUUUACCAUUCAGCUUCAGUUGUCCCAAAAAUCCUCAGAACCAGAAUUACCAAAAUCUGCAUGCGCCAAAAGCACAGACUCAAAGGCGGCAGAUAGCACACCAGAACCGCAGCACAAAGCCACGGAAGCACUGAAGUCGGAGGAAAAGGCCCUGGAUACUUCUGCUAUGCCCCGGGGUACUCCACUAUAUGGGCAGCCUUCAUGGUGGGGCGAUGAUGAGGUGGACGAAAAAAGAGCUUUCAAGUCCAAUGGCAAACCAGAAGAAAAAAACCACGAAAGUGGAACAUCAGGGUGCAGUUUAGAUGCCAAGCAAGUUGAGGAACAAUCUGCAGCUGCAAAUGAAGAAGUACUUUUUCCUUUCUGUAGGGAACCAAGUUAUUUUGAAAUCCCUACAAAAGAAUUUCAGCAACCAUCACAAAUAACAGAAAGCACUAUUCAUGAAAUCCCAACAAAAGACACACCAAGUUCCCAUACAGCAGGUGCAGGGCAUGCUUCAUUUACCAUUGAAUUUGAUGACAGUGCCCCAGGGAAGGUAACUAUUAGAGACCAUGUGACAAAAUUUACUUCUGAGCAGCGCCACAAGUCCAAGAAGUCUUCCCCUGGAACUCAAGACCUGCCCGGGAUUCAAACUGGGAUGAUGGCACCAGAAAACAAAGUCGCCGACUGGCUGGCACAGAACAACCCUCCCCAGAUGGUCUGGGAGAGAACAGAAGAGGAUUCCAAAAGUAUUAAAAGUGAUGUUCCAGUUUACUUGAAAAGGUUGAAAGGAAACAAACACGAUGAUGGUACACAGAGCGAUUCGGAAAACGCCGGGGCCCACCGGCGCCGCAGCAGGCGCGCAGCUCUCGAGGAGCACUUACGGCGCCACCAGGCGGAGCAGAAACCGCUGCAGAAGGCGCAGGCCGCCGACAGGCACCAAGACCCCGCUGCUGUAAGUCAGACCACUUUUCUGGUUGCGUUCGAUGAAGAAAAUCCCAGGAAAAGAAGGUCAUUCUCUUUUACUCAGAGUGCGGGAGUCUUAUGUGAGGAACCGACUUACUCAGCACCACAUACAAAACUUGAAAAACCAAAAUCUCCAACAGCAGAUGCCAAAGUGGUUUCUUUGUCUUUACAGACUAGCUCUGCGCAUCACAGAGGGGGGCAUGGUGUUCCACAUGGGAAGUUGUUAAAACAGAAAUCAGAGGAGCCAUCCGUGUCAAUCCCCUUCCUACAAACUGCAUUGUUAAGAAGUUCAGGGAGUCUUGGGCACAGACCGAGCCAGGAGAUGGAUAAAAGGUUAAAAAAUCAAGCUCCUUCUGCUACUUCUGAAAAGGAUAAUGAUGAUGACCAAAGUGACAAGGGUACCUAUACCAUUGAGUUAGAGAAUCCCAACAGUGAGGAAGUGGAAGCAAGAAAAAUGAUUGACAAGGUGUUUGGAGUAGAUGACAAUCAGGACUAUAAUAGGCCUAUUAUCAAUGAAAAACAUACAGAUCUGAUCAAAGACUGGGCUCUCAGUCCUGCUGCACUAGCGAUGGAGGAGAGGAAGCCACUGAGCACACCUGGGUUUCCCAACUCAGAGGAAGGCACGUCUUCAUCUGGAGGCAAGCGUUGGGUUUCCCAGUGGGCCAGCUUGGCCGCUAAUCACACACGGCAUGAUCAAGAAGACAGGAUAAUGGAACUGUCUGCACCUGUCCCUUUAGAGAAUGACCCGGAUGUCGGCGAGUCCGGCACUGCAGUGCGAAGCAGCAGCUCCACCACCUCCCUGGCUGGUCAUGGCGAGAGGAGGAGACGGACCCUUCCCCAGCUCCCCAGCGAAGACAAGGCUCUGGAGAGCUCCAGAGCGAAGGCGAUGACCCCGAGGUCAGAGAUAGGAGAGAAACAGGACACGGAGCUGCAGGAGAAGGAAGCCCCUGCACAGGCGCACCAGAAAGAUAAACAAGGUGCUGACAGAGGCCUGGGGAGAAUGAACAGGGCAGUCAACGGGGAGACCCUGAAAUCGGGCGGAGACAGCAAAGCCCUGCUGCACCUGGGCAGCUCUUCCCCGGGGAGGGAGAAGGGCGACACGGAGAAGGAAGCUUCUUUGGUAAAGCAGACGUUGGCCAGAAUGCAGCAACAAGAGCCAAAGGAACAGGCGCAGUGGACACCCACGAAAUUGUCUUCCAAAAAUGUUUCGGGUCCCGUGGAGAGAAGUAGGGAGGAAUCUUUUAAACAGGAGUCACAGCCUCAAGAAAAAAUUCCAGGACAUUCUGCAAGCAAGGGAGAAAGGGUGGUUCAAAGUGAGGGCAAGCGAAGGAAAGCUGAGGAGAUUCUGAAGGGCCACGCUGCAAAGGGAGGGGACAAGAAGGACUCCUCCAAGCCACUAGUGCGACAAGGAAGCUUCACUAUCGAAAAGCCCAGCCCAAACAUCCCCAUAGAGCUCAUCCCCCAUAUAAAUAAACAGGCCUCGUCCACACCCGCUUCCCUAGCUCUAGCGUCUGCCAGCAGACUGCGCGACAGAAGUGACUCCAUGGAGACUGACGCCAGCAUGGACACGACCCUGAUUCUAAAAGACACCGAAGCCGUCAUGGCUUUUCUAGAAGCUAAACUGCGUGAAGAUAAUAAAACCGACGAAGGCCCGGAUACCCCCAGUUACAACAGAGACAACUCCAUUUCCCCGGAAUCUGAUGUGGACACGGCUAGUACCAUCAGCCUGGUCACCGGAGAGACCGAAAGGAAGUCCACCCAAAAGCGCAAGAGUUUCACGAGUCUCUACAAGGACAGGUGUUCCUCGGGCUCUCCUUCCAAAGACGGUGCCAAGUCGUCGUCCGGUGCUAGGGACAAAGGCGAAAAGAAAACAAAAAGCCGUUCCACCGAGGUCGGCUCGAGAGCAGAUGGGCGUAAGUUCGUGCAGUCCAGCGGGAGGAUGAGACAGCCUUCCGUGGACUUGACAGACGACGACCAAACCUCCAGCGUGCCUCAUUCUGCCAUCUCCGACGUUCUGUCGUCGGACCAGGAGUACUCUUGUAAACCCCACGGAAGGACUCCGCUGGCCUCGGCCGACGAGCUCGCGCACUCCAAACUGGACGGAGGCAGGGGGACGAAAUGCAGGGCUGCCCCCGCGGCGCCCGGGGCCUGCAGCAAGUCCACCACGCUCCCCAGGCCGCGGCCCACCAGGACCUCCCUCCUGCGCCGGGCCCGGCUCGGUGAGGCCUCAGACAGCGAACUCGCCGAUGCCGACAAAGCCUCUGUGGCUUCUGAAGUGUCCACGACAAGUUCAACAUCCAAACCUCCCACCGGAAGGCGGACCAUCUCGAGGAUUGAUUUACUGGCUCAGCCUCGGAGAACAAGGCUUGGCUCCUUGUCAGCGCGCAGCGACUCCGAAGCCACCAUCUCGAGAAGCAGUGCCUCUUCGCGAACCGCCGAAGCCAUCAUCAGAAGCGGAGCCAGAUUAGUACCUUCAGAUAAAUUUUCUCCUAGAAUUAGAGCCAACAGUAUCUCUCGACUCUCAGACUCCAAGGUCAAAAGUAUGACCUCGACGCAUGGCUCGCCCUCAGUAAAUUCAAGAUGGAGGCGCUUUCCUACUGAUUAUGCUUCCACCUCAGAAGAUGAAUUUGGAUCAAACCGUAAUUCCCCUAAACAUACUCGUCUGCGUACUUCUCCAGCCUUGAAAGCGGCUCGGCUGCAGAGCUCCGGGCCAGCAGUGCCCACUGGCUCCUCGUUCAAGCACCGGAUUAAAGAGCAGGAAGACUACAUCCGAGACUGGACUGCCCAUCGAGAGGAGAUAGCCAGGAUCAGCCAAGACCUUGCUCUCAUUGCUCGGGAGAUCAACGACGUGGCAGGCGAGAUCGACUCGGUGACGUCCUCCGGCACGGCGCCCAGCACCACAGUAAGCACUGCUGCCACCACCCCUGGCUCUGCCAUAGACACUAGAGAAGAGUUGGUUGAUCGGGUUUUUGAUGAAAGCCUCAACUUCCGAAAGAUCCCCCCAUUAGUUAAUUCUAAAACACCAGAAGGAAACCACUGCCGGCCCAAUGAGUCAAGACCUCCAGCCGCAGAGCCUCCGGACCACUUAACCAUCACGAGGCGGAGAACCUGGAGCAGAGAUGAGGUCAUGGGAGACAACCUGCUGCUGUCCUCGGUCUUUCAGUUCUCCAGGAAGAUCAGACAGUCUAUAGACAAAACAGCUGGGAAGAUUAGAAUAUUAUUUAAAGAUAAAGAUCGGAAUUGGGAUGAAAUAGAAAGCAAGUUGAGAGCUGAAAGUGAAGUUCCUAUUGUGAAAACCUCAAGCAUGGAGAUUUCUUCCAUCUUACAGGAGCUGAAAAGAGUUGAAAAACAGCUACAAGCGAUCAACGCUAUGAUUGACCCGGACGGAACUCUGGAGGCUCUGAACAACAUGGGAUUUCCCAAUGCCAUCCUGCCGUCCCCACCCAAACAGAAGUCCAGUCCUGUGAAUAACCACGGCAGCCCGGGUCAGACCCCGUCACUUUGCCAGGCAGAAGCUAGGGGUCUUCAUCCUGCCGCCAUCCCAGGCUCCAGUGAAUUUGAGAACGCAGAAUCGGAGGCCGACUUCAGUAUACAUUUCAAUAGGUUCAACCCUGAUGGGGAGGAGGAAGAUGUCACAGUACCCGAAUGAAUUGGCUUGAGUGGUAGGAAGUAAUUUCCUGUGGGAUGACUAGGAAUGUCGGAAGCAGCAGAGUGUUGACUUGCACAAAACAAGACAAGCUUGGUCAAGUACCAUCUUGCUCUCUCUGGAUUUUUAAUUUUAUUUAUUUAUUUUUCCUAUAAUGUGGUGUCGUAGUCAUCCUUUCAAGCCACGUAGGCGACCACUUGGUGCACAUGUAGGAAAAAGCACAUUGUGGCAAUCUCAUCGUUUAUGGUUUCAUGAUUUUCAAACUGAGUUAUAUAAUUGCAUCCUCCCCCUUCACCGAUCUUUGGGUUUUUGUUUUUUGGUUGGUUUUUUUUUUUUAAGCCGUGCUGUGACCUACAAGCAGACUAAAUGCCUACCAUUUCUGACCCCGUGUCUCCUGUGCCAAGCUGCUCCCAGAAAUGGACUUUCUCUUCCUCUGUACAGAUUUCUUAAACACUUAUAUUUGCUUCUUGAUAAUAGGAUUUAUAUUAGUACUCAUUACCAUUGGAUACAAUGACAUCUAACUCUCCACAGUCCAACUGACCUUUCAAAGCGGUCCUCCUUGUGUUCUGAAAUUUUCUGACAUAUAUGUGACUUAUAUAACUUUGUCGCUACAUAAAUCGUUUCGAGGUUUACGGAGAUGAACUGUUAUGUUUGCACUAAGAUUUGCUGGGAGUGGUAGGUGGACAUUAUGUAUCAGUGAGGACUAACCGCCUUCUUGUGUACAUAGGGGACUGAGGAGCUGGGUCUGUUCUAACCCACAGCAUUUGACUCCACUUUCAAAAAGAUGAAUUGGGCACUUUUUUCAAUUUUCUUUCUCUUUUUUCUUUUUCUUUCUUUCUUUUUUUUUUGGAAGUAAAAUUUUGUCUCUCAUUUUAGGGCAAAUGAUAAUUAGAAAGAUUAAACUAGACAGAUAGUUUAGGUGGAGUAUAUUUUUUAAUCUAAGAACCUGUAUAUUGGUCCUGUGUUACCAAGUUUAUAUGUGACAGUUGAGAAAAAAAAAAUCCCUGGAAAUGAUCAUGAAGUUAACAUUUUCUUCAUUAGGAGACUUGGAGAACCAGUAGUCAUAAGAUUAGUUAGUAGUUUCACUCCUAAGCAGUGACUUGCUUCUGUGUGUUUCCCUGUAGGACCCCGUAGAAAUCCUGUCCCAGCUUUUCUUACUCGUUUAUAACGACCCGGCGAGACCACAGCGUGGGCUGUGGGCCUGUGCUGCUCAGCAGGAGCCUCCGAGAGUCUGGGGACUUCUCUUUCUGUCCCCGUAAGGUCACAGUGGGAUACAUUGUAAAAGAGAGCAGUUAUCUUUGUGUUUCCAGAACACUAUAAUAUGGGUGAAUAUUAAUUCAGUUAAAUAUUAUUAGGAGACUUGGAGUUUCCCCCUUGACCCCACCAGUCUAUAAAGGUCAAAACUGCAAUUUUUGCAAAUGUGUGAAAUGGUCUUUAAUAUUUCAGCAAUAAUCCUGUGCUACGUUCUUUUUCAGAAACGAACUCUGUACAUGUCAGAACUUUACAGGAUUUUACAAAUCCUGAACUGCUGGGCCAGUCAAUAAAGACGCAAAAAACAAACAAACAUUGUUUAUAGAGAUGUGAAAAGUGUCUGCUGUAUAAUGGAUCUCAUAUUUUUCUUUAAUUUUUUUUAAAGGGUAAAUGAACCAUUCUCCUAGUGAAGCUAAAUUCCCCGUUCUAAUAAAGGAAAACUGAACAAAGGUUUUAAGGAACAUGAUUGGUACAAAUGCUUUGAAGGAAUAAAUGAAACAUUAAAACAGGGUCAGUCCAUUUGAAGAAAAAGUCAAACAACGUAAUCACCGUUGUUCCCUCUCUUACUGAAUGUUUGGGUACGAUUAUAUCCACGUGGAAGGAGAGGUCAGAAGUUAUGUAGGAAAAUAUUAGCAUCUGUCUACUUACAUUAUUGUUUAAGUGUUUACACAGUUUUGUUGAAAUAUAAACAUUUGGCCUUUUACUAUGUUAUUUUUAUUUUUUAUGAAUACAUUAUUCUCCUUAUUUAUUUUUGUUACAUUUAUUACCUAUGUUAUUUUGUUAUGCAUUUACGACUCCAUUUUUAAAUAAAGUGUUUCUGGAACUUUAUACAGUGAUUGUACAUUUUAUUGCUUAUACCAUCUGGAUUGCUAAUACUUUAUCACUUUGCCAAAUAGCCAGCUAUGCACCAUUUUCCAAAGCCCCACAGAAGAAAGAGGCUUCAACCCUAACUAAUAUGUGAGAGCAGCCACGAGGUAAGAGGUGAAGGCCGCCUAUUUUCUUUUGACAUUUCUAAGCAUUUACUCCCAGACCAGACCUCAGGCCUACAUGUCGGACCAGAACAUCUGCCUGCAGCUCUCUGGGAACAUCUGCCUGCAGGUCUCUGGGAACAUCUGCCUGCUGGUCUCUGGGAACAUCUGCCUGCAGGUGUCUGGGAACAUCUGCCUGCAGGUCUCUGGGAACAUCUGCCUGCAGGUCUCUGGGAACAUCUGCCUGCAGGUCUCUGGGAACAUCUGCCUGCAGGUCUCUGGGAACAUCUGCCUGCAGGUCUCUGGGAACAUCUGCCUGCAGGUCUCUGGGAACAUCUGCCUGCAGGUCUCUGGGAACAUCUGCCUGCUGGUC